CAGAUGGAACGGAGGAUGAGUUGAUAUUUGAUAGUGAGAGAUUAGAUGACAUUAACGUUGAUCAAACCGACAAGGAGAAUGAUAUUUUCGUAGAUGAUGAUUAUGAAGAAGUGGAUGGUUUUAGGAAUAUAUGGUAA